AUGAGGGACAGAACAGACAAGUGUAAGGACAGAAAGACAGGAAGUCCGAGGGGACAGAAGGACAGGAAGUCCGAGAGGACAGGAUGUCUGAAAGGACAGAAGGACAGGAAGUCCGAGAGGACAGGAUGUCCGAAAGGACAGAAGGACAGGAAGUCCGAAAGGACAGAAGGUCCGAGAGGACAGAAGCUAGAGAAACUGACAGAGGUAGACUACCCGAAGGUAGAGGUGGAGUAUAGCCCGAGGAAUCAAUCCCAGGACACAGAGGUUGGACAGGGAAGUGGACCCGGGCCCAUGGAAAUGGUUCCGGGUCCGAGGAAACAGGAAUGA